UGGGAUGUGCUGGCAGCUGGAACUGGGUCAGUGUGUCACACCCAGCCUGGGCACACACCCAGCCCAGGGCUUCCUUUCCCAAGGGCCUCAGCCAGCCCCAGACACCGAGAUUUUGUUAUAAAAAUCUAAAGGAGCUUAGAGAAGUCGAGCAAAUCACUGAGAACUCCAGGCUUUUCGUUCUGGCAGGGCUGUGGAAGGAAAAGUGGGAAUUUGUCCUUGUUAAGGUGUUAAUCUGAAGCAGGAAUCACCUUUUGGGAAAGCACUGCACUGGUCCAGGUUCCUGGUUGCUUUGCAAGGUUUCUGAUGCCAUUUCCCAUAACACAAGAGACUGAGGGAUGUUUAUUUGAACAUUUGUGGUGCUGCUGCCUUGGAUUGAGGUGCCAUGGGUUAAAACUUGGAAUGCUUGUUUAGAUUCAAUGGCUCAGCCCACACGAGGUGCCUUUUUUAAUGCUUAUUUCUCAAGUUGUUUUUGAAACACUCCUGAAGCCUUGCAGUAAAUCCAGUGAAGAUAAUAAAAUCAUUAUUUCAUUAAAUAAAUAAUGCAGGGGGAACUCGUGCAGGCAGCAAACAGAGGCUCCAGGCUUGGCCAGGCUGGGCUCAGCACUGCUUUGAGAAGGGAUUUGUGAGGUUGAGUUUAUCUUGUCUGUUCAGUCAAACUUGAGUUUUUGAGGGUCUGAUCUGGAUUUAGUCAGAAAUACCCAUUACAUGUUAACUACCUUGCCUCAGGCAAUAAUAAACUGUUUUAAAGUCAUCCAGAUUUAUUGCUCUUAAAUGUAACCACUUUUUCUUUUAAAUACUGUUUGUGACUAAAUAAUUUUGUUGUUAGAGAAAUGUGUGAGCAACUGUGCACUUCUACAGCAAAGAGGGUGUUUUGAGGGAAAAUUUUAUUUUCCCUUAAUGAGCUACAUAUGCUGCUUGAUUUUGAGUACAGGGGGAUCUGGAAUUGCGGAGGAGCCUUGUGGAGUGCAAAAUUUAAUAGAAAAUAACUCAGUUUGUUAAAUCCCAGGCACUGUAGAUCUCCAUCCCUGUGCUGGAUGGGAUUGUGGUCUCUGUUCCUCCUUCCCAAAUAUUUCCUCUGUUAUGUUUACUUAGCCUUUAUGGAGAAUACACAAAACUCAAAGCAAUUUGAAUGUUAAAAAUGUAAUGAAUAUAUAAAUGUUUUGGGGUGAAAGGUGUUAGUUUAAAUCCUUGCUGUAAUUGUACAGUUGUUUAAAACUGGGCUGAGCAGCAGCAAACUUCAAAGUUUACACUUUGUUUGUCUAAAUGUUGGAAUCUGAUUCUUGGGAAGGAAGGAAAGUUGUCUCAGACAUCCUUACACCACAUAACCAUUACAGUUGGAAUAUAUAUAGCUUUUAGUAGUCUGUUUUAUCCACAGACCUGAUGUCUUGUGAGAGUUUGUCUUUGGUUCUGCUAAGAAACCUUGGAUGGAGCCUGAUCGUGAGAACUGAUGGAAAUCAGAGUCAUUUGUUGGCUUAGUGAGAAAGGAAGUGGAUGGAAAUAGAAGAAUCUGCCCUCUGUGUUCCAGCCUAAUUCAUCAAAAAAUGCCAUUUCAGACAGCACACGAGGUUUCCAGGAGUGUUUGUGCCUUAGGAGUGGAAGAAUGAGUUAAGAGCAGGUUUGAGGGAGCUGCUCUGGUCCAGGUCCCCCCUGGCUCCAGCACAGGAGAAGGAGCAGCCCUUGGCUGUGCCCAGAGCAGUGCUGGGCCAGCAGUGGGGACACCUUGGGAACCCCAAACCUUUCCUGCAGGGAGGAUUCCCCGUCCUGCCAGGGCUGGAACAGGCUCCAGGCAUUCCUCUCAGCUCGGACAAAGGUUUCAGUCAACAGGUGCAGGAUUUCAGCCACAACAGUGUCUUGGUUCACAUCAGUUUUGGAAGGGAAAAGUCUCAUGUAAAAGUCACUGAAAUUAAAACUCAGUUCUUUGUGUGCACCGGGAUCGUCCCUCUGGAGACAAGUUUGAGUGCUUCCUCACAAUGGCUGAAAAUGAGAAGGUUUUCAUAAUAUUUCAGCUUGUUACUCUCUUACAAAGAAACAGAAUGUAUCCAGCUGAGAAAAAUACCUUCACUCUUCUUUUCAGGAGCUCAUGGGGGCUCUGCCUGCAGAAUCCUCCUCCUCAGCAUUGAGAGAAGGGUUUGUUCCCAUCUCGUCCUCACCCGCAGCACUGCUGGGGCUGGAAGGAUUCUGCUCUGGAACCUUCCCCUGGUGCUGGGAGCUCGUUAGGGCACUGCUUAAUUGGGGCCAUCUCCUGAAAACCCCGGAUGGAGCUGCAGGCCUGUCCUGUGUGUCCUGGCUGAGUGUCCUGUGUGAUCCCAGGAGCUGGGACAGAGCCCUGGGACAGCCCUGGGACAGAGGUGACCACGAGCCCUGGGACAGAGGUGGCCACGAGCCCUGGGACAGAGGUGGCCACGAGCCCUGGGACAGAGGUGGCCACGAGCCCUGGAGGUGACCCUGACUUCCCAAAGCACAUUUGGUGCUGCCACGUGGGGAGCACUUGGCAAAGAAAUUCUUUUCUCCCUGAGCUUUUCCUGUGGCCUGGGUGUUCCCAGCUCUUGGGGGAAGCUGCCACAUCUCACUCAGGUCCUGGACCUGAUUCCCCCUUCCCACCAGCUCUGUGGCUGUUUAAUUAUCAUAGCUUAAUUUGAUUAGCUAAAUGUACAUUAUCUGGGGUAGGUGUUGAAAUGUUCUGUAGAUGGAACUGCACAUGGAAAAAUCUUGUGCUUUGCUGUCUCUGGACUGAAGAAAUUCAGAGUGCCAGGUGAUGCUGCUUGUAUUGAGGCAGUAGACCUUUUAAUUAAUUAAUUAAGCUUUGGAGGAAGUAGUUUUAUCCUUUAAUUAAUUGAUUAAGCUAUGCAUGAAGUAGUUUUUGAUCUCCCUUCCUUACUGGAGUGUGUAUUUUCACUCUUUGCUGAGUUUAUUGACUGAAAAUCGGAAUUUUGGGAGAGAAUCUUGAGGCAAAGAUGGGAUGAAGCUUGGCUUUGGCAGUUUGUUUUUCCCCUGGUUGUGGGUAAAGCUGCACAUGCUGGGCAGGCUCUGUGGAGCAGAUGGUGCUGGCAGGGCUCCUCCUCAGGAUGGAAUUCAGGCUCCUGUCCUGAUCCAGCUCCUUCCCGGCUCCUGCCGGGCUCCCCUCGGCCCUGGCAUUUCCAGACCCCGCUCACAAACAGCUCCAGGAUUCCCAGGAAGGCUGUGGCAGACUUUGGGAUGUUUUCUGUCCCUGUCCCACUUGCAGCAGCCCCUUUCCCUGCGGCUCAGCCUGGUUUUCCUGGGCUCAGGUUCGGAGCAGACCUCGGGAGAUGGAUCCCCAGCUCAUCCCUCCUUGUGUUCCUGCAAAACAUUUGUGUAGGAAAGGGAUCAACCUCCUGCUUCUCCUGCAGUGCUGACCCUGAAACUGCCAUUUGUGUUCCCAAAAGGCAAUUUUUGUUCCUUGCUUGGCAAGGCUGGGGGUGUCCUUGGGCAGGGCCACCCUGAGGAUGGAGGGCUUGCUUUUGUUUCCAAACUGCAGCAAUUUCUCUUGGAAAUUGGAAGUAUCUUGGGGUGACAGGGGUGAAAUGGUAUUUUUCUCCCUCAAUUGGUUUUGCUCUGGGAUUUCCUGCAAUACUGGGAUUCAUAAUUUGAUUUUAUUCUGGACUGGGUUCUGCAUCUCUGGCUUCUGGCUUGGGAAGGGCUUUUCUGACUGUGAAAGGCUGUGGUUUUAUGCAUAAAAUUCCUUUAAAGACUCCUUGGGGAAGGAUAUAAGACUUGCAGAUCCUUGUUUUGAAACAAAUUUGCAUAAAAGUUAGUGUGUAAAAUUCUAAUGUUUUCUGGUUUCUUAAAUUUCACUCCAAACUGUUCAUGUGGCUUUGAAAUGGAAAGUUUUACCCAGUUAAAAUGGAACCUUGGAGCCCUGGGUGUGGGAUCUGUCCACCGAGUGUGGUUUUAUUCCCAGGAGCUGGGAGCUCUGGCUGUCCCUGGGACGAGUUCUGUGCCACACUCACCCUUCCAGCACAGAUCCAGGAGUGCUCCUGCUUCACUUUGUGUUUUCCUAACGCUGCCAGCGCUUCCAGGAGCGUCUGCAGUUCUUCUUGGCUGCUGUGAGAUCAGUUUAAAUGCACAAAUGCUUUUCUUGGAUGUAAAAGUCUCUCUGGAGCCGUUUCCUGCAGCUCCAUCCUCCUGCAGCCCAGCACUGCCAUCUGCAGCUGAAACUCCACUAAAACCUUUUAUUGCCCUGACAGAUUUCCAGCAUUACCUUAAAAAAGCCCAUUUAAAAAACUGUGAUUUCAUCCUGAAGAGUUGGGGAAUUUGUUCUGGGUAUUUUGGAAUUGUGCAUCUGUGUUUCUUGUAAGACUUGCCUGACACUUUGUUGUAUUUAUGAACAUUGCAAAUACAAAAACAUAAUGAAGCUACGUUAAAAAACCCUUAAUUUUAUAAUUUUUAAUGCAGUCUAGCACAUGAAAAAAAAACCCCAAACUGGGUAAAGCUGUUGGGUUUGAACUUAAGCAGAAAAUGGAGCAUUCUGGUGGAAAACUUGCAGGGUGGCAGGUUGUACACACCGACAAUGCUGAAGGUGGUGAGAAGUUGUUAUUUUUGUGACACCAUCCUGAUGAGGCACCACUUUCUGUGGUGACCUGGGGGGAGAUGUUAAGCCUGUGCUCUAUAUUUAGCCCCUGGCUGAGCUCUCGGGUGAUCCUGGUGUCAGGAGUUCCUGACUAAGUGGAUUUUUGGUUGGAAGCUCCUCAUAUCCACGUUAGAGGGUAGUUCCUACAAACAAAAAUGAAAAAUCUCUCCAGGCUCUCUGUGGAACUCAUUAGAGCUGGGAGCUAAAACCAAGAUUUUAACCAGUAUCUUUUUCUGCCCCUUUCCUUGCUGUGUCCCCUCUCAGGACUGGAACUAUGGGGUCGGAAAACCCGAGCCCGCAGAACCCUGGCUGCAAGAUCAUGACCUUCCGUCCCUCCCUGGACGAGUUCCGCGAUUUCGGGAGGUUCAUCGCCUACAUGGAGUCCCAGGGAGCCCACAGGGCAGGGCUGGCCAAGGUGAUCCCCCCCAAGGAGUGGAAGCCGCGGCGGACGUACGAUGACAUCGAUGACAUGGUGAUCCCAGCUCCCAUCCAGCAGGUGGUCACGGGCCAGUCGGGGCUCUUCACCCAGUACAACAUCCAGAAGAAGCCCAUGACCGUGGGCGAGUACCGGCGCCUGGCCAACAGCGAGAAGUACUGCACCCCUCGGCACCAGGACUUCGAGGACCUGGAGCGCAAGUACUGGAAGAACCUGACCUUUGUGUCUCCCAUUUAUGGGGCUGACAUCAGUGGCUCCCUGUAUGAUGCAGACGUGGAUGAGUGGAACAUUGGCAAUCUGAACACCCUCCUGGACAUGGUGGAACACGAGUGUGGCAUCAUCAUCGAGGGUGUGAACACUCCCUACCUCUACUUUGGCAUGUGGAAGACAACUUUUGCUUGGCAUACAGAGGACAUGGAUCUCUACAGCAUCAACUAUUUGCAUUUUGGGGAGCCCAAAUCCUGGUAUGCCAUUCCCCCAGAGCACGGCAAGAGGCUGGAACGCCUGGCCAAAGGAUUUUUCCCAGGAAGCUCUCAGGGAUGUGACGCUUUCCUCCGGCACAAGAUGACCCUCAUUUCUCCCUCCAUCCUGAAGAAGUAUGGCAUUCCCUUUGACAGGAUCACCCAGGAAGCUGGGGAGUUUAUGAUCACAUUUCCUUAUGGUUACCACGCUGGCUUCAAUCACGGCUUCAACUGCGCCGAGUCCACCAACUUCGCCACGCUGCGCUGGAUCGACUACGGCAAGAUGGCAACACAGUGCACGUGCCGCAAGGACAUGGUGAAGAUCUCCAUGGACGUGUUCGUGCGGGUGCUGCAGCCCGAGCGCUACGACCUCUGGAAGCAGGGCAAGGACAUCGCUGUCCUGGACCACAUGAAGCCCACGGCCCUCAGCAGCCCCGAGCUCGACGCCUGGAACGAGACCAAGGCAGACCUGAAGGCGAAACUGCUCCGCAGGAUAGGAGAUGAGGAAGAGGACAACAAACACCGGUCUCACAGAAAAAGGAGUCAACCCAGAAGACACAAAACAGAGGAUCAGAAGUCUCUUGGGGAUGUCAUGGCUAUUGAAACUGCCUUGGAAGAUGUGAAAGUGAAAGAGGAGCUGAAAAGGGGGCCGGAUCUGGAGGAAGAGGAGAGAAGCAAAGGGAUGGAGGGAGAAGCAGGGGAGGGCAGGGCCAAGGCGCGGCCCCCGAAGGCCAAGGGCGAGCGGAAGAAGAAGCAGCAGCCGUUCCCCCCGCAGCCGCCGGUGCUGCCCGGGCCGGGCCCUCAGCAGCCUGCCCAGGCCGGGCCGGGCCCAGCGCGGCCGCCCCCGGCCCCGCUGAACGUGGUGCAGCCCUCGGAGGCCGCCGAGGAGGAGGACUUCAAACCGCGGCCCAUCAUCCCCAUGCUGUACGUGGUGCCCCGCAGCAAGAAGGUGGUGUUCGACAAGGAGCACAUGUCCUGCCAGCAGGCCUUCGAGCAGUUCGCCACGCAGAAAGGGCUGGGCUGGCGCGAGCAGGGCCCGCUCCAGAGCCCCGGCAAGGACGGGGCCGGCGCCGAGGCGGAGCGCGCGGAGCUCACUGCGGAGGCUGCUUCUGCCUUCUCCAAGAUGAAGAUGGAGAUCAAGAAGAGCCGCCGGCACCCGCUGGGCAAGCCCCCGACGCGCUCGCCGCUGUCCGUGGUCAAACAGGAGACCUCGAGUGACGAGGAAACGUUUCCAUUUUCUGGAGAGGAAGAUAUGAGUGAUCCAGAGGCUUUGAAAUCUUUACUUUCCUUCCAGUGGAAGAACAAAGCAUUUAAUUUCCCAGCAGAAAGGAAGUUCAAUGCAGCUGCUGCCCUGAGUGAGCCAUACUGUGCUGUCUGCACCCUCUUCUACCCCUAUAACCAGUCCUCCCAGGUGGAGAAGGAAGCUGCCCCGGUCUCCUCAGGGGAGUCCUCGUUCCUGCAUCUUUCCAAGUGUGGGCAGAAGACCAAGCCCCUGAUCCCUGAGAUGUGCUUUACCUCAAGUGGAGAAAACACCGAGCCCCUUCCUGCAAAUUCCUACAUCGGAGAGGAUGGAACCAGUCCCUUGAUAUCCUGUGCCAAAUGCUGCCUGCAGGUUCAUGCUAGCUGUUACGGGAUACGGCCGGAGCUGGUGAACGAGAGCUGGUGGUGCUCGCGGUGCUCGGCCGGCGCGUGGGCAGCGGAAUGCUGCCUGUGCAAUCUCAGGGGAGGAGCUCUCCAGAUGACCACUGAUGGCCGGUGGGUCCACGUAAUCUGUGCAAUUGCUGUCCCCGAGGCGCGUUUCCUCAAUGUCAUAGAGCGUCAUCCUGUGGAUAUCAGCGCCAUCCCCGAGCAGAGGUGGAAACUGAGGUGUGUGUACUGCCGGAAGAGGAUGAGGAAGGUGUCGGGGGCCUGUGUGCAGUGCUCCUCCGAGCACUGCUCCACGUCGUUCCACGUGACGUGCGCGCACGCGGCCGGCGUGCCCAUGGAGCCCGACGACUGGCCCUACGUCGUGUCCAUCACCUGCUUCAAGCACAAAGCAGCAAACCAGAGCGUCCCGUUCCGGAGGGAGGUGGCCCUGGGGCAGACAGUGAUCACCAAGAACAGGAACGGGCUCUACUAUCGCUGCAGGGUCAUCGGCACCACCACCCAGACCUUCUACGAAGUCAACUUCGACGAUGGCUCCUACAGUGACAACGUUUACCCCGAGAGCAUCAUUAGCAGGGACUGCAUCCAGAUGGGGCCCCCUCCCGAGGGGGAGCUGGUGCAGCUGCAGUGGACGGACGGGAUCAUCUACAAGGCCAAGUUCAUCGCAGCCCAGAUCAGUCAGAUCUACCAGGUGGAGUUUGAAGAUGGCUCCCAGCUAAUGGUAAAGCGUGGGGAUAUUUAUACCUUGGAAGAAGAGCUUCCCAAGAGAGUCAAGUCUCGCCUGUCCCUCAGCACUGGGGCCCCUCAGGAAGAUGUAUUUUCGGGAGAUGAAGUGAGAGCAGCCAAGCGUCCCCGGCUGGGGAAUCCAAGAAAUCCUGAAGAAUAUGGACAAACCCCAGAUUACUUGGCCUUUAUGGAGAGCCUGUUGCAGACACAGUACCAGCCUGGGACUCAGAGCAACAUGUUUUAACCAGGAUUCAUUCAGAAGAUUCAAUUAACCCUUUUUGAGUUUGUGGAAAAAUAAAUAGGAAACUGUGGAAUGGAAGACCAGCCCUGUGCAAUAGUCUGCUGUGAAUUUCUUUCAUCUCCUCUUGGUUUGGACUGCAGGAAAUCCCUGUCUGGCCGCUACCUCGACCUUGCCAGGAGUUGCUGACCAAGAGCUGGGGAGCUUGGAAACCCUUCAGCUUUUCACACGGAGACUUUGGAAGAGUUUCUACAGAUGGAGCUUUGUGACUGGUUCUUUUUUAUGAGGAUAGGGUUAAAAUUUAACAAAAGGACUUUUUCAAAUCUGUCAAACUUUUGUCUUUCAAGGUGCUAUUACAUUGACUACUGAAGCAGCCUUUGGAAUUGUGUUUUCUGUACAUAGACGUCACCUUUGUGAAGUUUUCUAUGAAUGAGCAUUAUUAAAAAAAAAAAAUCAAGCAAAAAUAGGAAAACGAAAGUUUCCACAAAACAUUUUUCUAGAUUAUGGCUUUAAAACAGAAAAUAAAUUAAAUCCUCCCUCCUCACCCCCAAAUGAAUUGUGACUGAUGUUACAGCGGGGAGAGGGAGAGUAAGAGCAGAUGUCCUGGAAUGUUCUGGGUUCUUCUUUUGUAAAGAAACACUAUCUUUGUAAGCUGGGGAAGGUGGGGGAAGAAAUGUUCACAGCUGGGAUGUUUCUGCCCUUGGCUCUCUGGAAGCCCUGGGCUGGAUGUUGGCAUCGCUGCCUCGGCACCAGGGAGGGGCUUAGGGAAGAAAUGGCCAGGUUUGGGUCAUUCCCAUCAUCUUCCUUCCCCAUCUUUGCCAUCACAGUUGCUUUCUAGUUCAGGAUCAGCAUGGCUUUGAGUUCCAGUGUGCCACCCUGGUUUGGCAAGUGUUCUGUUGCUGCUUGUGUUCGCUCCCCAUGAGCCGCGCCGGCUCCAGCACUUCUCCCUUAGGAGCUUUUCUCUUUCCUUUCUCUCUUUUUUUAUUUUUUUAUUUUUUAUUUUUGAGUUGUGCUCCUUCCAGUGUGAGAAUCAUUCCAUGACAGAAGCUUGGGAGGUGUUUGUAUGUUUUUCUUUUAUCCUAUUAAAGAAGAAAUUCCCCAAACAUCUGAUUGUCGUGACAUCCUUUCCUUAAGUAAAGACUGAGCCUGUAGUUUCUGCUGGGGAAGAGAAGUGCAAGCGCUGCCUUUGGCUGGACUCGGCUCCCUGAGGAGUGAAGGAGCAUCCAAGGCAAACCCUGAAGUGUUGAGUGGGCAGCUCCCACCUGGACGCUUGGAAACGCCCUCGGGCCGAGGAGCUGAUGUGGAGCAGGGCUGGGGAAGAGCCCGAUGCAAACGCUGCCGAUGGCACUGGAAAGUUCUGCUGUCUUUGGAGGACCUCGCUCAGUUUGGAGGGACAGGAGGCUGGGCCCGGCCUGGACAGGGGCUGUGCCACCCUGCCGAGGUCCAGGUGCAGGGGGAGAGGGAUCCCGGACCCUCCCUCCCUCCCUCCCUCCGCGCCCUCCGGGCCAGCGAGCCACCUGGAAUGCUGCACUGCAAUCUUUUCCACUUAAUUCCCUGAAAUUACUGGAUGGAGAGAGACAAUAUUCUCGUUUUUAUUAUUAUUUUUAAGCCCCUUUGCGAGGUGGUCGUUGUUCUGGGAGAGGCUGUUAAGCAACGCUCUGGCUGGGUCUUUAAGGGAAUAAGUGGGAAGGAUUUGUGGGCUAGCAGAUGGUAGAUUAGCAUCUUAAGAGACUCCGUGGGUAUUAAACUGUCCUUGUGAAAGAGUGGAGAUAGAAUAAAGCAAUUUAAUUUUUUUUUUUACUUUGGUUUUGUUCUCCCUUGAGGAUUGGAGUUCCCAUCCUUUCUCCUGCCUCUGCUACGGGUCCUUUUCGUGUGCGUGGCUGCGCGGGCGUGGUUGUGAGACCUUGCAAACGGGCUUCUGCUUCUGGGUUUCUUUAGUUCUGAGUUUUUGAUGUUUUCAGUAGAUGUCUCCACGAAUAAAACCAAACUGAGACUAAUAAAAGUUUAAAAAAUUGGCAAGGUUCUCCCGAGCCUCGGUUGUUCCUCCUACAGAGCUGUCUCCUGUCGGUUAAAAUGUGAUUCAAUAGAAAACUUGCUGUAUAAAAGACUAAGAAUGUUGCCAGGCCAUGAGAGAAAUAUUUAAAACAAUUGAAAGAGAAAUUUAACCAGCAGAGGAUUUUUUUUGGAGGUGGGAGGGGAGGGUGGGAUGGGAUGAGUGGUUGUGAGUGAUGGGGAAUUUCCUCUGCAUGUUCGAGUCCUGCAAUAGCACCCUUGCUGUAUCCAUAUGUAGUACCUUUUCCAAAUACUAUUUAUAUUGUAAAAACAGAAGUGUGUUUCCUCACCCCAUAUUCAGAUGCUGAGUUAUGUUAAAACAUGAACCUGGAACUGUUGAAUGCCCUUCCUUGGUGCAAGGGUUUUCUCUCUUUUUGUUGAUUUUUAAAUCCCUCUUUUUGCUUUAGGAAUGACUUGUGCAGAUUCAGGAUAGUGGCCAUAUCGAUGGUCUCUGGGCAUCAAUUGAAAAGGAAAUAGGAAAUGCACAUUCCCACCCCUUCCUCCAGUGAAAUAUAUUUGUAAAUGUCUGAUUAUGUGCUAUAAAAAUAAUGAUUUUUUUUUUUCUUUCUCCCCCUAGACUAAGGCUGUGAUGUAUUUUUUGCCUUUUUUUCUCUGCCUCUAGGUUCAAAGUGAAUUAAAGGCUGUUGAGCAUUUCAUAAUGACA